CCAUCCUCCUUCGCGCAAAGAAGAGAAGCCAGAGCGCGGCGCAGCGAAGAAACGCGCCUGGAAGCCCUGAGGCUGAACUGGAUCCUGGUCCUGUUCGGAUAGAGGGCUCCUUUUUCUCCUUCCCCUCGGACUCCCUUUCUUCUCCUCUGCUUUCUCCUCGCCUUGAGCGCUGAUCCAGAAGGGUUGCGAGAGAGGAAGAAUCCCUCCUUCUCCUCCUCCUGUUUUGCAACUCCUUCCUUCCUUCCUCCGCAGUUGGGAAGAGUUGGGCUCUUCAUUCGUUUCCCUCUUAUUUCGCUUCUUCACCGGCAUCCCUCGUUUGUUUUGGGGGUUUUGUUUUCCUUCUUGUUUGGACCCGCGGCUGCCUCCCGCUUUGAAAUCGGAGCGGAUUCGGAUUCCCAGAAAAAAGUGACUUUCCCUGGACCAAGGAAGGAAGGAAGGAAGGAAAGGAGGAAGGGCUGGCGGGUGAGACUUCCCUCUGCUCUGUCUCCUAAAUCGGACCCCGAGGAGAGACCCCUCCAGACAAACAAAAGCCAGGGCAGGAGCCCCUUUGGAGGCGCCAUGGCCAGGCCCCGGAGAGCCCACUUCGCGGCGGCGGGGCUGCUUUUACUUUUCCAGUCCUUGGCCGACCGCUUCCAGCUCAUCGGAGCCCUGAAGCCGAAGCCGACGAGUCACGGUACAUUUUAUGAAAUAGUUCAGAGCUUCCCUCAAGUGGAGGAGAAUGUGCGUGUGGAUUCCUACAGAUAUAGCCACAGGUGGAAGCGACAUUCAGAGUUCCUCAAGUCAGUUGACACCAAUAGAGCCAGCGGCGGUCAGGAAUCCUCAGAACCUGGAGGCUUCACAGACCUGCUGCUUGAUGACACGCAUGACAACACGACGCAGAUCGAGGAGGAUAUGGAUCACAAUUAUUAUACUUCUCGGACCUAUGGCCCAUCUGAUUCUACUAGCCGUGAUCUAUGGGUGAACAUAGACAGAAUGGAGAAAGAUAAAGUGAAGAUUCAUGGAAUCCUCUCCAAUACGCAUCGGCAAGCAGCAAGAGUAAAUCUGUCCUUCGAUUUCCCAUUUUAUGGCCAUUUCCUUCGUGAAAUUACUGUGGCAACUGGUGGCUUUAUCUAUACAGGAGAUGUUGUGCAUCGAAUGUUAACAGCUACACAGUACAUUGCUCCCUUGAUGGCCAACUUUGACCCAAGUGUGUCACGAAAUUCAACUGUCAGAUACUUCGAUAAUGGUACUGCCCUAGUUGUGCAAUGGGACCAUGUUCAUCUGCAAGAUAAUUACAAUCUGGGCAGUUUCACAUUCCAGGCAACUCUUCUCAAUGAUGGUCGUAUCAUUUUUGGCUAUAAAGAGAUUCCUGUCUCAGUGACACAGAUAAGCUCAACCAAUCACCCUGUGAAAGUGGGGCUGUCAGAUGCAUUUGUGGUCGUCCAUAGAAUCCAGCAAAUUCCCAAUGUCCGUAGAAGAACAAUAUAUGAGUAUCACAGAGUGGAGCUUCAGAUGUCAAAGGUUACCAAUCUGUCAGCUGUUGAGAUGAUUCCUCUUCCUACCUGCCUCCAGUUUAACAGCUGUGGGCCUUGUGUCACAGCCCAAAUUGGCUUCAACUGCAGCUGGUGCAAUAAACUCCAAAGAUGUUCCAGUGGAUUUGAUCGUCACCGACAAGACUGGGUAGAUGGUGGCUGCCCUGAAGAGUCUAAAGAUAAGCUUUGUGAAAAGAGUGUAGACACAACUCAAAUGCCUCCUCAUACCACCAUUGCUAUACAACAAACAACAACAAGAUUCAGAGUUUUAACCACUACCAAAGAAUCCAUGACAUCCCAUCUACCAACUAGCCUACCCACAGAAGAUGAUACCAAGAUAGCUCUACAUCUAAAAGAUAAUGGAGCCUCAACAGAUGACAGUACAGCAGAGAGAAAAAGUGGAACACUUCAUACUGGCUUAAUUGUUGGCAUUUUCAUACUGGUCCUAAUAGUAGCAGCAGCAAUACUUGUAACAAUUUACAUGUACCACCAUCCAACAUCAGCAGCCAGUCUCUUCUUUAUUGAGCGUCGCCCAAGCAGGUGGCCUGCCAUGAAAUUUCGGAGAGGAUCUGGGCACCCUGCAUAUGCUGAAGUGGAACCUGUUGGCGAGAAGGAAGGCUUCAUCGUAUCUGAGCAGUGCUAGGGUUUCUCAGGCAGUCCACAAGUACUGACCUACAGAGGACUAAGACAUGUACUUGUCUCUCAUUCAAGAAAAGGAAACCAAAACUCCAAGCCAAGUGAAAGAGACAGAAUAGAUUUCUGGAUAAACAUUCUCUAAGGGGGGAAAAAGAGAACUAUAUAGAUACCUGGUGACCCUUUCAGUGAGAAGUGUUUUUUUUUUUCUUUCAGAGCAGAUUGGUGAACAAUAAUUCGGUCAUGUACCUCUGAAUACCAUAUGAGAAUGAUGGAUACAUUUGCCAUGUUCUUGGUUUAGGUAUAGGAGAUGUAGAGUAAUCCAGGAAAUGAAUGGAAAGGUUUAGUUCUGAACAGUGCUUCCCUGUUUGAUCCAACACAGCAGUGAUGUGGGAUUUAAAAAUAACUAUUACAAAUGAGUGCCCUUUGAUGCCUGGAAGCAAUGUUCCUCAUUGAUAAUACUGCUGGUGAUAUCAGUCUGAUACACAUAACAUAGCUUGGCAGUUUUCUAUACUUCCACAAAUAAUAGCGUUUCCACCCCAUUCCAUAGGCACAGCAUAUACCUGGAAAUAGCAGAGCAUUUCUUCUAUUGUUUAGGUUUAUAUUUUGAACUUUGAAUAGUUUUUCUACUCACAACUAUUGGGCUAUAGUUGAAAAAGUGUCAGAGCAUUUUGUUUUGUUUUGAAAGGAAAAAGGUUUUUCACGGUGGUGAAACUGGGCUGUCAGAUAGGAGUAAAUAUAGUGACAUUGGACUAAUACUCAGUUUCAGUGUUUACAAAAGUGAGACUUAAGCUGCAGUGCUAUGCAUUACUUACUUGGUAGUAAGCCUCAGCAGGACUUACUUCUAAGGGAUUGUGCAUAGGAAUUUGGCUGUUAUUUUCAGAAAUAUUGCUUAUGGCCCUGUUGAAGCAGAAAUGGUGAAUAUGUCUAGCUGAUGCUAGGAGCGGGGGAAACAGUCUUUGGAAGGGAGGAAACAUGGUAUGAAGUGUUAUCAUUGCUAACCCUUGGCAUUUUUGUCACAGGUCUUUUGAGAAUAGCCUUCUGGUUCCUCCCCUGUCCUAGAUAAACAUUAAAAGUUUUGCAGUCCCUGCAAAUUCAUGUAGAAAUAUUGUUUAAUGCACAUAGUAAUUGCAUAAAUAUAUAUAUAUAAAUAAAUAUAUAUAUUAAAAAUAUAUUUUUUUUAUAGCUAACACAAGGCAGGCUCUUGUGACUGUUAAGAGUGCAUCUCUCCUUUUUUUCCUUUUUGGCCAUCCAGACGAUGGAAAUAGAUUGCAUUGCAGCAUAUUUCCACUAAGUUGUAAAAUAAUCCUUAAUAUUAAAAUAAUUUUUAUGUUGUCUAGGGAAAGUGGUUCAUUUAAAUGCAGGACUAUCCUUUUAACUGCCUCUUGGAGCCACGGUUUCUUUAAUAACAAAACUCUUUCCUUUCCUGACUAGGGAAGGAAAAAUAUUUUUUAGAAACUCCCAGUGAAAUACUUCUUUGGGUGGAAAGGGGAAAUACAUACUGAGCCACUCUAACAUCUGCUCAGAUUUUGUAUGGACAUUGCAUUGUGAACUUUGCCAUGUAUCAUUUUUCAUGUACCACAUGAGCAGAGGCACUUGAAUCAUGGUAAGGUUCAAUAAAACAUUUUCAGGUUUCAGGUUUUUUCAGAUACCUGUUCAGGUACCACCUUUAUAACACAGGUCUUUACAUUUUUCAUGUCAAUACUUGUAUGGUAUCUGUUUUUUAAAGAACAGCAACAUAAUUUUUACUUGUUAUUUCCUUCAGUAAAUAAUACAAUACCGUAUUUCCUGUAUUCAUUCUGUGUGCUGUUUAAUUCAUGUUGCUACUUGUUUACAAGUCAACAAGAAGGAGCUUAGCUGUACCCGAGAUCAGUGGUAUUACUCUGAAACUGUUAAAACACCAAUAAUUAUCCUUCAUUAUAUAAGUGGCAUUUACUAUUUCCUGGCAAUAGCCCAGAACUGAGUGUGUACAGGGACUUGCUGUUUUCUCCUAUAAGACAGAAACAUUCUGUGCUCCCAUCUUGUGUAGUGACUUUUUCCUAUAUUCAUAUGUGGGAAGAGAACUGUGUAUGUACACACACAUGCACACAGCAUUAUUACUUGCAUUGCCACCACGUCUUUUGUUGCGACUUGUUCUGUGUCUCACUCAGAACAAGAGACAGCCUCAGAAUCAGCUGUAAUGAACAGUACAAGCCCCUUUCCAGGAAGUCCUCCCCACAGUGCUUAGCUGUGAGGUUCCCCUGUCAGCUCUGGAAAGUGAAGUUUUCCAGAGUAGCAGUACUGCGGCUGCUACUAGCAAAUACAGUUCACUGCUUCUGAUUCUCCAUUGCCUGAGGUGAAUAUCUUGUUUUAACUAAUGGGAGGGCCACACCUGCUAUAAGGUACAUUGCAUUGUAAGAUCAGGUGCUUCCCUUUCAUAGAAGAGUAUUAGAAGAUUUUUCAUGCUUAAGAUCUACUGGACUUCCUCAACCUAGCACUUGCUAGAUGCUGUGGACUAAAUAUCCAUUAUCUGUGACCAUUGCUAUCUGAAAUGAAUGGGAUAGUAGUCCAGCAUAUCUAGAAAUUGCCUGAAUGAGGGGAGGUUAUGCUAAAUUGCAGCUCUGGAUUUUUGCAGGGAAAUGGUUACAUCCAGACUUAGCUGUUCUUAAAGUAUAGCCAUAGAACUCAGCAAAAUUUAAAUUGGUCACAACUCACUGAAGACCCAUUUAUUUCAAUGAGCAUAUUUUAAGUACUUGUAAAUAUACCCAUUGUAAACUCAUUCUUAAAGUGGAGUUUUUUAAUGGGUAUACUUUAAGAAUGACCAAUAAAAAUAAAGUCAUCUAAAUGGAAAUAUACUAUUUAAAAGUAUCAUCCAUGCCUGCUUUGAUAUACUUUGUGGUAAAUGCUGUCUCUCCCUGUGAAGCAAGAUUGUAAUGAAGUUAUCUGUGGCAAUUUUGUGACCCCAUAUGGUUUUCCAUAUUUUUAAA